AUGGUUUCCUCAAAACUAUUGAAAAUUGCUGUUACUGCUUUGAUCUCUGCUGGCAGAGUCUUUGCAGCACCCCAACCAGUCCCUGGAUCAUCCCCUUCUGAAAUAGUAUCUGUUUAUUAUGAAGAAAUCGUUUCAAACACUAAAUGGUACAAGGUAACAACUAUGGCACGAUCACUCACUGCCGAAUUUCUUGCCGCCCUUCCCACAGUGUCUGCCGAUGGUGUUUAUGCAACUGCUUAUACUCAAACCCAAGCCUGUGUACCAACAGGAUAUCCUGGAUUUUCAAAUGAUCCAAUGUGUACUGAGUGGCGCACAGAAUCUGUUAUUGUCAAUGGAUUAGCGACUACUACUAAAUACUGCGUUGCAUAUGUAAUUAUUAAGCCUGUCGAACCAGAUUAUGUUGUCAAGACCGAAGAUGUUGGUGAUUGCCAUGUGUGUGAAGACCACAAAGCAUCACAGUCUUCUAUCAAUGCACUUUCUGAUGAAUCUGUUUCGCCGACAAUUACUGAAGUGGAACCAGAAACUGAAUGCGAAGUUACCAUGAUUCCUGCUGGUACUACUGUUGAGGAUGGACAAGUGGUUGACAUUCAAAGUCCUGUGUGUGUCAGUAACCUUCCCACUCCUAGUUCUGACUGCGAUGUCACCGGGUUUUCAAUCAUCUCUUCCACAUUAGAAGACGAUUCUGUUACACAAGAGACCUAUGCUUACUGUGUUGGCGAAUCUUCUUCAGAAGUUGAACCAUCGUCUUCGGAACUUGAAUGUGCAUAUACUACUCACUCUUACUCUACUACAACUUUGAUAUGCGGUACUAUCAAGACAUAUACCAUUACUGCUUGUGCUGAGUCUUCAACGGAAUCUUUUGAGUCUUCUGAGUCUUCUGAGUCUUCUGAGUCUUCUGAGUCUUCUGAGUCUUCUGAGUCUUCUGAGUCUUCUGAGUCUUCUGAGUCUUCUGAGUCUUCUGAGUCUUCUGAGUCUUCUGAGUCUUCUGAGUCUUCUGAGUCUUCUGAAUCUUCUGAAUCUUCUGAAUCUUCAACUGAAUCUUUAGUUGAACCUUCUAUUACUUCUUGUCUUGAUCCUCUUGACGAAGCUGAGUGCAGCCAGGCUUAUACUGAGGUUUCAGCUUCCAUUCAAGGUUCUUCUUCCUCUAUCUCUGCUUACCUUGCUGCUUCCAACAAUAUUGUUCUUGCCGGUCUUCUCAUCUGUGCCUCCCUUUACAGUAACGUUGGCAGCCAAGUUCAAAGCUCCAUCGUCCCAACACUUACAGCCUACAAUGUCCCCACCACUGCUACCAUUGACGCUUGCACUUACGAUCUUUCUUCUAUUUCUUCUUCUGAAAGUGAAUCAAGUGAAAUUGGCUGCAAUGUUGUUGGUUACCAAACCACAACUAUGAUCAAUGACGAUGGCUGUGUUGAAACUCAAACUAUUCCACUCUGUGAGGAAAGUAGUUCCGAAGUUUCGUCUUCUCUUGAAUCAUCUUCUUCUCUUGAAUCAUCUUCAGCCAUUGAAUCAUCUUCUUCUAUCGAGUCAUCUUCAGCUGUUGAAUCCUCUUCAGCUGUUGAAUCCUCUUCAACUGUUGAGUCGUCUUCUGCUAUUGAGUCUUCUUCCAUUAUCUCUUCUUCGUUUGAGUCCACUGUUCCUGGCUGCAACAUUAUUGGCUACCAAACUACUACCAUGACUGAUGAAGAUUGCGUGGAAAUUCAAACAAUCCCCAUUUGCGAAGAAAGCAGCUCCGAAUUUACUUCUUCUGGUAUCGAAUCGUCUUCAUUUGUUGAAUCAACUUCUGCUAUUGAGUCGUCUUCUACUAUCGAGUCGUCUUCUACUAUCGAGUCGUCUUCUACUAUUGAGUCGUCUUCUACUAUCGAGUCGUCUUCUACUAUCGAGUCGUCUUCUGCUGUUGAGUCGUCUUCUACUAUCGAGUCGUCUUCUGCUGUUGAGUCUUCUUCCGCAAUUGAAUCUUCUUCUGCUGUUGAGUCUUCUUCCGCCCUUGAGUCUUCUUCCGUCGUUGAGUCGUCUUCCGAAAUCGAGUCAUUUUCCACCGUUGAGUCAUCUUCCGCAAUCGAGUCAUCUUCCGCCGUUGAGUCAUCUUCCACCGUUGAAUCAUCUUCAGCUAUUGAGUCAUCUUCCGCCGUUGAGUCGUCUUCUGCUAUCGAGUCGUCUUCUGCUAUCGAGUCGUCUUCCGCAAUUGCAUCAUCUUCAGCUAUCGAGUCGUCUUCUUCUGCUAUUGAGUCUUCUUCUGCUAUUGAGUCAUCUUCCGCCGUUGAGUCGUCUUCUGCUAUCGAGUCAUCUUCUGCCGUUGAAUCUUCCACCGUCGAAUCAUCUUCAGCUAUCGAGUCGUCUUCUUCUGCUAUUGAAUCAUCUUCUGCUAUCGAGGCAUCUUCUGCCGUUGAAUCUUCUUCCACUGUUCAGUCUUCUCCUGCCGUCGAAUCGACUUCUACGAUUGAAUCAUCUUCAGCUGUUGAAUCAUAUUCCGCUAUUGAGUCUACUUCAGCUGUUACGUCUUCAGUUAUCGAAUCGUCUUCUGCUGUCGAAUCGUCUUCUGCUGUCGAAUCGUCUUCUGCUGUCGAGUUAUCCUCUACCAUUGAGUCAUCUUCAGCUUCUUCAGAGUUUGAAAUAUCAUCAACAACUGAGCCUGCUCCAGUUGUCACUGGCUGUGUCGACCCUCUUGACGAAGCUGGCUGCAGUGCCGCUUACACUGAAGUUUACACUGCUAUUGCCUCUGCUUCUACUGAGGAAAUCGUGAGCUACUUUAGUGUCGAACACAACACUGUUCUUGCUGGUCUUUUAAUGUGCGCCCCUGAGUACGAAAAUAUUAAGUCGCAAGUAGAUGAAAACAUUGUUCCUAAGCUUUCUGAAAACAACUUUGCUACCACUGCCACUAUCGAAGCUUGUGCACUUGAGUCUUCUACCACUGGCUCUGUUUCAAUUUCUGAGUUCGUUAGUGUUUCUGAGCCUAGUUCAGUUUCUGAAUCUUCUCUAGUUUCUGAUAUUCCUUCUAUUUCUGGAUCGGCACCAGUUUCUGAAGCUGUCUAUUACUCUGAGACUUCAUCAGUUUCUGAAUCUGUUAGCUCAACUACUGGAUGUGUAGAGCCUCUAGAUGAAGCAGGCUGCAGCGAUGCUUACGCCGAGGUUUACAGUGCUAUUGCCUCUGCUUCUACUGAGGAAAUCGUGAACUACGUUAGUGCCGAACGUAACACAGUUCUUGCUGGUCUUUUGAUCUGCUCCCCCAACUAUGAAACAAUUGAUACUGCUGUCAAGGAAAACAUUAUUCCCAAGCUUUCUGCCAACAAUUUUGCCACUACUGCUACCCUUGAAUCUUGUGCACUUGAGUCUUCUUCUGCUGGCUCUGUCUCAAUUUCUGAGUUUGUUAGUGUUUCCGAGUUGACUUCAGUCUCUGAAUCUCUUUCUCAGUCUGAGUCUUCAUUUGUUUCUGAAAUUUCUUCUAUCUCCCAAUCUUCACCUGUUUCUGAAAUUUCUUCUAUUUCUGAAUCUUUCCCUGUUUCUGAGUCAUUCAUUGGCUCUGAGUCUAUUGUCACUUCUGUUAGCGAGUCCCACUACUCAGGUUCUGAAUCUUCUUUUGGUUCUGAAUCCGUUCCAGUUAGUUCUGCCACUGGUUGUGUGGAGCCUCUUGACGAAGCUGGUUGCAGUGCUGCUUACGCUGAAGUUUACUCUGUUAUUUCCGCUGCUUCUUCCAAUGAGCUCGUGAGCUACUUCAGUGCUGACCACAACACCGUCCUUGCUGGUCUUUUGAUCUGCGCUCCUGAGUACGAAAGCAUUAAGACUAAUGUUGAAGUAAACGUUAUUCCAAAACUUUCUGAAAACAGCUUUGCUACUACUGCCACAAUUGAAGCUUGUGAACUUGAGACUUCUGCUUCCGAAUCUAUUUCUAUUUCCGAGUCUACUUUUGUUUCUCAGUCUAUUUCCGAGGCAACUACUGUUUCCGAGUCAGUUCCGGUUACCUCUGCCACUGGUUGUGUGGAGCCUCUUGACGAAGCUGGUUGCAGUGCUGCUUACACUGAAGUUUACACUGCUAUUGCCUCUGCUUCUGCCGAAGAACUUGUGAGCUACUUCGGCGCUGACCACAACACUGUUCUUGCUGGUCUUUUAAUGUGCGCACCUGAGUACGAAAACAUUAAGUCUCAAGUUGAUGAAGACAUUGUUCCUAAGCUUUCUGAAAACAACUUUGCAACUACUGCCACUAUUGAAGCCUGCGAGCUUGGGUCUUCUGUCUCUUCUUCAGUUUCAAUUUCUGAGUCUGUCAGCAUUUUUGAGUCUGAAUCUUCUAUUUCUCAGUCUGUUUCCGAGGUCACUUCAGUUUCUGAGUCUAUUUCAAUCUCUGAGUCUGUUCCUGCUACUUCCACUCCUGGGUGUGUGGAGCCUCUUGAUGAAGCUGGCUGCAGCGCUGCUUACAUAGAGGUUUACAAUGCUAUUUCCACUGCUUCUACUGAGGAGCUCAUUAGCUAUUUUGGUUUGGAGCAUAAUACUGUUCUUGCUGGUCUUCUUAUUUGCGCUCCUGAGUUUGAGAGUAUCAAAUCAAAUGUUGAAGCAAAUGUUAUUCCUAAGCUUUCUGGUAAUAACUUUGCUACUACUGCCACCAUCGAAGCUUGUGAGCUUGAGACAUCUAUUUCUAGUUCUAUUUUUAAUUCUGAGUCUGUCUCUUCUCCUGUUUCCGAGUCAAAUACUAUCUCUGUUUCUGAAUCCGUUCCUGCUACCUCCACCUCCGGUUGCGUCGAGCCUCUUGAUGAAGCUGGCUGCAGUGCUGCUUAUACUGAGGUCUACUCUUUCAUCUCCACUGCUUCUGCCGAGGAACUGGUGAACUACUUUGGUGCUGAUCACAACACUGUCCUUGCUGGCCUUUUGAUUUGUGCUCCUGAAUACGAGGUCAUCAAGACCAAUGUUGAGGUGAACGUUAUUCCCAAGCUCUCUGGCAACAACUUUGCAACUACUGCCACUAUUGAAGCUUGCCAGCUUGAGACUUCCAUUUCUGAAUCUGAAUCUGAAUCUGAAUCUGAAUCUGAAUCUGAAUCUGGCUCUAGUUCUGAUUCUAGUUAUGUUUCUAUCAGCGUCUCGGAAUCAACUUCAGUUUCUGAAUUUAGUUCUCUUUCAGAAUCCAUCACUGUUUCUGAAACUUCUUCUACUUAUGACUUUAGCAAUUAUUCCGAGACUUCCGCUACUUAUGACUUUGGAAAUUACUCGGAGACUUCUGCUACUUAUGACUUUGGAAAUUACUCUGAGACUUCUGAAUCUCUUUCUUCUAUUACUGAGUCUGUUCCUGUUUCUUCUAUCACAGGUUGCAUUGAACCUCUUGAUGAGGCUGGAUGCAGCGCUGUUUACUCUCAAAUCUAUUCUUUCAUUGCUUCCGCCUCUGAUGAAGAGCUUGUGAAUUACUUUGGUGCUGAGCACAACAUUGUUCUUGCAGGACUCCUUAUCUGCGCUCCUGAGUAUCCAACAAUUGACACAGAUGUUAAGAAUAACGUUAUUCCCAAGCUCACCGUCAACAGCUUUGCAACCACAGCUACAAUUGAAGCCUGUGAAAUUGGUUCUUCAACUCUCGUUUCAUUUUCGGAAUCUAUUUCUACUACUGUUACAGAGCCUGCUUCUGGUAUUGAGUCUACCACUGAUACUGAACCUGUCUCCAACAAUGAGUCUACUACUGGUAUUGAACCCGCUUCCAACAGUGAGUCUACUACUACUGGUACCGAGCCUUCUAUCUCUGAGUCUAGCAUAGGAACUGAACCAGCCACCGGCACUGAACCUAUUACUGGCACCGAGUCUGCUGUCUCUGAGUCCACCCCUGAUACUGAGUCAGCUACUGACACUGAGCUUGCUAGUGGAACUGAAUCUGUUUCCGGUAUUGAGUCUACGACUAGUACUGAACCUGUUUCUAACAAUGAGUCUACUACUGGUACAGAACCAGUUGUCUCUGAAUCCACCACAGAUAUUGAGCCCGCCCCAGAAACUGAGCCUGCUACUGCUGAGCCCACCACUGGUACUGAGCCCGUUCCUGAAACUGAGUCUACCACUGUUACUGAGCCCGUUCCUGAAACUGAGUCUACCACUGGUACUGAGCCUACCACUGGUAGUGAGCUCGUUCCUGAAACUGAGUCCACCACUGGCACCGAGCCCGCCACUAGUACUGAGCCCGCUACAGGCACUGGCACUGAACCUGCUACUGAGCCUGCUACUGAUUCUGAGUCCGGCACUGGUACCGAGCCCGCUGCUGAGACAACAGAAUCUCAUUCCUACUUUAUUUCUACUCUUUCCCUUUCGACGACUCCUGUUGUAGAAACCAACAGUGAGAGCGGCAGCACGAUUCCUGCUGAGGGAACAACCACUGGAUAUGCUCCUGCAGAGUCUUCAUCUGCAGUAGAGACAGCGUCCAAUUCUGAGAGUGUCCCUGAAGGUGGAAACAAUACAUUUUCAGCUGAAACCGAAACAGGAACAACCUUUUCGGUCAUCUCUCCAUCAACUACGGAAUCUAUUGAGAGCUCUACUGAGACUCAUGGCAUUCCAGAGUCCACAACUUCUGGUGUUCCUCCAUCCACACCACCAAUUGACCAAACUAGCAAUUCUAGUCGGUACGGCAUCAAUGUUGCAGCCCUGUUUGGCUCUCUCUUUGUUGUUUGGGCUCUUCUCUUUUAA